UUGGCUGCUAAAAUCCACCGCUAAGGACUAAGGUGAUGGCGUCUUAACCUUCACCAACUGCUAAAACCCGAAGAAACUCCCUCGUUUUUCUCUCUCUAGGGUUUAGGGUUUAUACUUCCCUACAAAAGGAAGAACUCGAAUUCCAUCGAACUUGGAAAGGAAAGAAAAGAUCAUUCGAAGAAAAAAAUUCAGAAAUGGCGCUGCAAUAUCCAUUAAGGUGUAGGUGUUCAAUAUCGGUUCUGAAAGAGGAGAGUAAACUCCAAUCAUCUUUUGCCAUGGCUGGUUCUGUUCCUUUGUUCAAGAACCUGACAAGCUCCAAGAUUUUGUCAAUAACAAGCGGUUUUAGUCAUACAAUGCCAGAGUAUCCAAAGUUGAGGAAGAGGAGUACAAAACCGAAAGCUUCUAAGGUACUUGAGGAAGUUUCUUACGGUGAUGGUAAAGAAGAGGAUGAAAGGACCCGCAAAUCUGAUGUAGGUGAUGACAGUGACGAAUCCCAUGACUCUAAUGCUAAUGUAAAAGGAAAAAGCAAUACCAACGAUGAUGAUGAUGGUCCGCUGCUCAUGACCAACGAGGAGAGAAGAGAAUUGAGAAGGAAGAUUAGAGAGGUGAUCGACAUGAACCCGGAUGUCGAAGAGGAGGAGGACCCUAUCGAAAGGAGAAAGAAGAUGGAGAAGCUUUUGUCUGAUUACCCUCUUGUUGUUGAUGAGGAAGAUCCCAAUUGGCCUGAAGAUGCUGAUGGGCGGGGGUUUAACUUAUCUCAAUUCUUCAACAAGAUUACGAUCAAGAAUGUCAGGAAAGAUGACGACGAUGAUUAUGACAGUGAUAAGGAAUUGGUUUGGCAAGACGAUAACUACAUUAAGCCGAUCAAAGAUAUUAGCACCGGAGAAUGGGAGGAGACAGUUUUUAAGGACAUCAGUCCUCUGAUAAUUCUUGUGCAUAAUCGAUAUAAGCGACCACGAGAAAAUGAGAAGUUACGGAAUGAAUUAGUGAAAGCAGUGCAGAUCUUUUGGGACUCCAGGUUGCCUUCACCAAGAUGUGUUGCUAUUGACGCUGUUGUUGAGCUUGAUUUGGUAUCUGCACUAAAAGUCACAAUUUUCCCUGAAGUCAUCUUUACUAAAGCAGGAAAGAUCUUAUAUCGUGAGAAAGUGGUUCGGACGGCAGAUGAAUUGUCUAAGAUAAUGGCCUUUUUCUACUAUGGAGCAACCCGGCCGCCAUGCUUAAAUGGGUAUGCUGGAGACAAUCAAGAAGCGAUCCCCUCUAUCCCAUAAUGGAGACUCCACUCUCUUGUAUGAAGGAAAUCGUUAUUAUGUGCAGAUUCCAAAUAUAACAUAUGUUGUUCAAAGCAACCUUUUCACUUUUAGUAAAUGAGGUGUUACAUAAUCCUUGCACCGAAUGGUUGUAUGAUACAGUUUGGGUUUUCAGUUUGUGGGAGUGGGGCCAUGGUUCGAUGCUCUAAACCGUUGGUACGACGGCCCUCAACAUUGAUGAUCCAUGCACCAACCAAGAUCGGACUACCCCAGCUGUAUAAUGUAUGGUCUUUUUCUUGGUUGAAUGUGAACUGUGUUGUAUUUCC